GCAGCUGGUCCGUUUGUGGAUGAGGAGGGACUAACCAGCCCAAACUUUACCAUGUCGAAGCUAAACUGGCUUUCUGCCCCAGCCCUCGGCUCUGGGUCGCACGGAGAGUAGCGCACGGAUGUCUUCACUGGAGCGGGACAUGUGGAGCCCAGACACUCUGCCAAAUCAGGCUCUCAGUGUCACCUAGGUCCCUCUAGUCCUCCUUCUGGACCCUUCUGACUAUGAACACCAGUAGAAACUGCAGCUCUGUGGCCCAGGCUGAGGGCCUGGCAGUGCUGGAGACCCUCUCCAUUGUGGCCAUCACUCUUCUGGCCUGCCUGGGGAACCUCCUGAUUGUGGUUACUCUUUAUCGGAGGCCUUAUCUGCUCACACCCAGCAACAAAUUUGUGUUCAGCCUGACCCUGUCCAACCUGCUGUUGUCCGCACUGGUGCUGCCCUUUGUGGCCGUGAGCUCAGCCAGAAGAGACUGGAUGUUUGGAGUGGUUUGGUGUAACUUCACUGCUUUACUCUACAUGCUCAUCAGCUCCGCCAGUGUCAUGACACUUGGAGCUAUUGCUAUUGACAGGUACUACGCAGUGCUCUACCCCAUGAUUUAUCCCAUGAAGAUCACAGGAAACCGGGCCGUGGUGGUCAUUGCAUACGUCUGGCUGCAUUCUCUGGUGGGCUGCCUGCCUCCUCUGUUCGGCUGGUCUUCUUUUGAAUUCGACUGUUACAAAUGGACAUGUGUUGCUUCGUGGCACAAGGACUGGAGCUACACUUCAUUUUGGGUUGCCUGGUGCAUCCUUCCUCCCUUUGUUGUGAUGCUGGCUUGUUAUGGGGUCAUUUUCCGUGUGGCUCGUAUGAAAGCGAGAAAAGUGCAUUGUGGGACAGUUAUUGUGGCGCAGGAUGACUCUGGUGCAGCUCAGAGGAACGGCCGCAAAAACUCAAGCACCUCCACCUCCUCCAACGGGAGCAGGCGCAGUCUUAUCUACGCCGGCAGCCAGUGCAAGGCCUUUGUCACCAUCUUAGUGGUGAUAGGCACCUUCCUCGUGACCUGGGGCCCUUAUGUGGUGGUGGUCUGCAUGGAGGCAUUGUGCGGACAGGGCAGUGCGUCCCAUAUGCUGGAGACGUUGGUGGCGUGGUUGUCUUUCUGCAGCGCUGUGUGCCAUCCGCUCAUCUACGGCCUCUGGAAUAAAACGGUCCGAAAGGAGCUACUCGGUAUGUGCUUUGGAGACCGCUACUACAGAGAGUCUUUUGCCACGCGACAAAGGACCUCACGCCUCUUUAGCAUUUCCAACAGAAUCACAGACCUGGGUAUGUCCCCACACCUCACAGCCCUGUUGGCCGGGGGAGGGCAUCUGUUGGCGCCUGGGAGCAGCACAGGAGACACUGGCUUCAGUUUUACUCAGGACUCAUGUACAGAUGUGAUGCUGCUGGAUCAUUUCACCACAGAUGACUCCUCCCACCUGCUGUCCCAGGGGAGCGUGCCUGGGAAGAGGCGGAGCUCCGUCACCUUUGAAGACCAGGUGGAGCAUUCCAAAGUUGAAAAUUCAUCUUCCGUCCAAGUUCACGCAGAGGUCCACAAAUCCCUGGACACGUUCGCCUCCAGUUUGGCAAAGGCGAUUGAGAACGAUGCUAAAGUGACUCUCUUUGGAGAAGGGUUAGUUUUACCUGCAGGACUGUUCACCACCAGGGCAACGCCACGGCCAAGGUACCUGGACGGACAGAGGCUCAGACUGGAGAGCAUCGACGAAGGAAUAGUCAAAGACGACAAAGAUGAAGAAGUACCCGAUAUGGAGGAAAAAUUCUCCUGAAAAUUUUGGAUUUGACUUUGACUUUGGUCUACAAAUAGGAAAUUAUAACUUGUGUUUAUUGAACGCCUUUGGGGAAACAAAAAAUGGCUCCAGUUUUAUAUUAUACUUGAAAUUUUUAUCCAUAGAGUAUUUUCAGAAAGCUUUUUUUAUUACGGUGGACCAAGUGUCAAUCAAGCAACAUUACAUUUUGUAUAUAGGUCACAAGUAAACAGCCCAAACUACUGUAUACUUGAUUCAUAACUGUUGUAUCGUUUACGAACAUUGUAAUGCACUUGGGUUUUCUUUAGUUCCUAUCCAUUUUAGCAGCAGUUUGUUUUCCUUGGCUAUUUUAAAUUAUCAAAAACAUUCAGGAAAAUGUUUUUAGAUCAUUUUGUUUAGCAAACAAAAGCUUUAAAGUACGAGUCCAUCUUCUUAUUGUUGUAGUCGCUUGUUGUGAUAAGGCUAUUUAUUUCUUAUGAAGAACCUGGGGGGGGUUAGAUUAUGGUACUUUUCCAAAUGGAUGUUAAGGACCAGAGAUGUGUCAAAUGCUGGACAUACAUUCCAAGUAUAUAUCUGCCCAUUGACUCAUAAUUUUCAUAAUGCACUUUUUCAAGAUACCACUUUUCUCUUUGUCAAGAGGACUUUAUUGUGUUGUGGCAUUUGUGUACCUUCCAAGUGGAAAUGGUAGUUUUCGUGAAGGUUAGAAGAUGCUUUAAGAAAAAGGAGUUUUUAUUGGUUUUUGUGCACUGUUUUAAUCAAUGUACCAAUUUAUCAUAAAGAAAGCAUUUUGUUGUUUAGCUGUUGGUUUAACUCUUACCUCAUAUUGUCUUAUUGUGAUACAUUUUGUAUUUAAAAGUUGUAUUCUUAAGUCUUAAUGUAACUUAUAUUUGUUACGAACUCAAUUAUGCAUUAAAUCUUUUGUAUGAAGAUGGUCACUGGUCACAUUUUAUAUAGUGCUUUUCCACCUUCAAGGCACUCAAAAUGCUUUUCAAGGAACGACUCACCCAUUCAUGCACACAUUCAUACACCAGCGUAC